AUGCUGCUUCAGAGGCUGGAAAAUGAGCAGGAAGUCAAUUAUCAUUCACCUGGUCGACGCCGUGUGAGUGUGCUGCCGUCAUCUUUGCUCCCAGCUUUGAUUCCAUAAAGCAUGACUGAUUAUGAUUCAGUAACUCCACGCAGAGGACGGUGUGAGUGCAGUGAAUGGAAGAAGUCCUGAAUGCACUGACCUGAGUGUGUGUAGUCGUGCUGUUAGUCCUUCUCCUCCUGACCCGUCUCACUGAGCAAAAAUAUGGAAAAAAGUGCACGAAAAAGGUCGAACUGUGUGUAUAUGCAGCCUCGUUGAGAAGCUGAGGACGGUUUUCUGUGGGGUUACUGUGGGUCUUCUUUCUGGCUAUGCAGAUAUUUUAUAAAUCUGUGAUAUUCAAACAGCAUAUAUACUCUUUUCUACUGUAUUCAAUGGGAGUUUUCAUAUAAAUGCUCUUUGUAAAAUCCUACUGAAUAUUGUUCAAAUUUGAAAGUACAUUUGAAUAAAGUUUGUAUAUUGCCAUCGGUAACCGUGACUCUGUCUGAUCACUGACUGGGACUCCUGAGGUCAUAGGUUUGAGUCUUACCUUGCCCACCUCUUGGUGAAUUUUGAAGGUCUAUAUAAUACGUUCAUAUGUUCAAUGAAAGGUACACAUUCAUCAAAUUGGACGUCAUUAACUAUGAUACAAACCCUCUUGUACGAAUGGUAGAAAUAUUAACUUGAGUAAAUGUCAGAGCUGACUAAAAAAUAUGAAGAAUAAGGAAACUUAUUAUUUUGCAUGAAGCUUCAAGCUGCGGGUAAUUUUUUUCUGUUAUUUUAUUUUAUUUUUAAAGGUUUGUUGAUAAAAUCUUUUAUUUUGAUUGAUUCAUUUUAGUGUCAUGCAUAUACAAUAUGUCAGGCCUAAGGGGCUUACGAGACGCCCUGAAUCCAAAAUUUGUAAAUUUGUUUGUAAACUGUAAAAAUGAUCCUACAGAAAUAAUUUGCUUGUACCCUAUUAUAUUGAUUAUCAUUAAUGUUGUUUCUUUUGUUGGAGAAACAUCAUUCGUAUUCAUUGAUGGCUCCUGUGUACGGUGGCCGAGAACCACCACUGCUGCAAUGAACUGGUGCAUCAUCAUUAUUGGUCCCCGGCUGCUCACUUCCAUCCUUUUAUCUUCACAGUAAGUAACUUUUUUUGUUUUUUCAAUUGCCCCCUUUUACUUUGCAUUGUUAACUUUUGUUGUGGCUUUUUUUUCUCUGCACCAUUUCUUUUUUUAUUUGCAGCAUGCUUCAGUUUCUUCCUUUUACCUCGGUAACUUCCGUUGUGACUUCUUUUUUGUUGUGUUUUUUGUAGCUGGUUACUUUUUUUUAACAUCGGUAACUUCCGUUGUGUUUUUUUUUAAUAUUAUUUUUUUAUUAUUAUUAUUAUUGUUAUUUGCAGCAGGCUUUGGUUUCUUUUUUUUACACUGGUAACUUGCAUUGUGACUUCUUCUUUUUUUCUUUAUUAUUUAUUUAUUUAUUUAUUUAUUUUGGCAGCAGUGGCUGCUCUCGGCCACCGUACCCCGUGUGUUGCCCUCAGGAUAAUAACCAUAUCACCUUAAACAGACACUCACACCGACCUCCUCUUGUCCUCUCAUCACGUGCGCCGGUGCUCGCGCUGCCUCUACAGCUUCACCAGAAAGUCCCGGAAGAGACUCCGCUCGUGCUGUAUGGGCGCCAGUCGCAGGUGAGCCUACGCGCGCUCUCUUUUACCUGUAAACAAAGACAACAAACCCUGUAAGCGGACAAAGAGGAUGCAGUUUCACAGAUACCCGCUUUAAAGUCGACUUCAGAGCAGGUAUGUAACUUUCAGACGGUUUGAAGACUCGGUACUCUGACAGGAGAGAUGUUUUAUCAGGGUCUCUGAUUUUAUCGCUCUUUUGUGUGAGUUUAAAGCUCUCUUUUAGUUUUAAAGUGGGUUUUAUUGGUGGGUUUAGACGAUAGUGAAGGUUUCUUUAACUUUAUUUUCGAUUUAAAUGAAGAAGUCAGUGUCCUAAAGCUCUUAUGUGUGUUUGUAUGGAUGUAACUUCAGUUUCCCACCAGUAUUUUCAUGUUAAAACUCUGCCACACCUUCCUGCUCACUUAUCAGCUUCCUUUCAUUGUGCUCUCUCUCUCUCUCUCUCCUCUUACAAAGGUUAUGAUUUAAUCCCUCUCAAACUCAUGGGUGUCUGCUUGAGCCUGAUAAGUCCAGGAAAUGAAUGACACCUUUUCCUUUUUCUUCAUCCCUCUCAUUCUCCCAUCUGGUUUAUCUCUCUCUCUCUGUGUCCCCUCUGCCAGCCUGCAGAUCAGAGCCUGAUCCAACAUCCAGAUACUCACACAGGACGCAGCAGGGCUUACACAUGUGAUAAGGUGGGUCAAUCCAAUCCAAUCCAAUCCUCUACUCCCAGGAGAAUCAGGUCAAUUCACCUUUAUACCCAAUCGCAUCUGUCUGAUCUUGUUUCGCCGCAUGCCUGCUUAAACUCGCCUCUUCGGUUUUGAAUCACUUAACACAAGUCAGGUGGUGAUGACUUUAUGUCUGUGUGUGUGUGUUUACCCUCUGCCACAGAUGACCUCUAUUUAGCAUGAGCUAUAUUAAUCAGAGUCACACGAAGAUGAUUUUUAACCAUGGGAAGCAAGUCUGGGAGAUAUUUCCACCGCUCCUGUGCAUCUUCAGGCCAGUUAGAAACGUUUGAAAUAGCACAGGAUAUAAAUAAAACCGCCUCUUGGGAAUUAGAUAAAAGUUUCAAGAUGAUCUAUCGAGCUAUUUUUAGAUUUGACAGGUUUUCUUGUCUUUAUUUUGAGCCGUUUCACUUCUCUGGUAGAAAAGCGGCGCCAUUUGCAGCCUGAUAUAACAGCGGACUUUUCACUUUAGUGUAAUCUUGAUUAAUCAUUUCAAAACUAUGGUAACACUGCCAAAAAAGGCAUGUCAGAGGGCAGGACUGCGUACACUUGUAAAGUUUGUAUUGCAAAAAACAAAGGGUGGGAUCAAAGUGCAGAUAUCCUGACUUUGAAUUCACUAAACCUGCAGAAGUUCAUGUUUCUUUUGAAGCAUAUGCAUCGUUUUGCAUCUCAGCAGCCUUAUGAAACACCUCUUCUGUUUGUUUGAGGCUUGUUAAAGUGAUGGGGCCCAUAUGUUACACAGCGAAAAAGGCAGUUAUGAAACAAACAGGAAGCUCUUUGUCAUGCUCACUCAAAUCAUGUUCCUAUUUCGAUAAAUAUCUGCAUACAGUCACCGUUAAAAUAUGUGCGAGAGGAUUGUUUGUUCCAGCAGCAGCAGCGUCUGUGCAGCUCUCAUCAGGUCCACACGCAGUCAUGUACAAACCUGCACACGCAUGUUUCAGUCCCCUCUGACUGUAAUUACAGCCUUUGUGUCUCAGGUAGAGCAGCAGGGGCUGCAGAAUUAGCAGCAGAGAGGAGUUGCUGUUAGGUUAAUGUUAUCAUCAGGAAGUGAAGCGUGCACAUUAGUUACAGGAAACGUCGACCACAGCUUACUGUUAUCGCACUUCAAGUGUUAAAGCGUCGCUGCGUCCUGUACGCAUGAAGUAUUUUAUUUACAUAACAGAUUAGCAUUUUGCUUGUGGUGUCUCUAUUGUUUUAAAUAACCCACCUCAAAGUAAAUAUUGACUAAAGGAUGUAAAAUGUUGUUAUGAGCUCAUUUUAACUGAGCUUAACCUCAUAAUGAGGUUCUUCAAAGCACACAGUGUAACCACAAGGCUAAACCAACACCAUGAAACAAAAGAGCAUCAGAUUGGAUCAGUAUCAGCAUCUGUUGGUGCAUCAACUUUCCAUUGUUCAGUCUGUAUAAUUAAAAGAAAAAUACAAUGAAAAUUAACGAAACUUGAGCUGAAAUUACUAGUUGAAGGGCAAAGAAUUAAAGUUCCUGUGAGGAAGUUUUAGUGUCCCCUGUGGACAAAGCAGUACUGCUUACGUCUCAAAGAUGAGGGGUGUUGACCGUUGCCUUACAGAGUUGUCCUACAUGUUAUUUAAAACCUUAUUACUCUUGAGAAUUACUCAUCUUUGUGAGAGUAAAUAUACCCGUCUUCUUUUUACGCAGCGGCUAUGUUGAUCUUUUGUCUUGCACCCACCCUCACUCGAUGGUUUUAGACUCUCAAAAUUACAUGACAGAAAUAGCUAAUUUCUCUGCAGAUUAUCUUGUUUUCUUUUGCAGAUUAAAAAAAAAGGUGUUAGUGUCAGUGUUAGUUUCAGUCUGUUUAUAACCAGCUGAAAAACCCCGCACAGGAAGUCAUAAGUACAGUUAUUUUAACGGGUUGGUUUCUUUCUUCUAUCUUUACAAAAACGAUUAAAAAUCAAAGUUGUUUUCGUUUUUUAAUGGACACAUAUUUUGGUGUUUUGUGGAUCAAAUCAUCAGUUAAAGCUCCAGUGAGGAACUUUCAGUUUGUGCCAAUUUCAGUCGAUUACAUAAACAUAAAAAAAACUCCUCACUGAAGCUUUAAUCUGGGAACUUUUUUCCACAGUAUUAUAACAGAUUAUAAAAACAAUCUUCUUUAACUUUGCUUGUUUGUCCUAUUCUGAUUCGUAUUAAAGCUGCUGUCAGGAACUUUCAGUUAGUGUGAACUUUGGCACCAUAAGUUGGACAUCUUUUUACUUUACCUGUUUCGUCCCGUCUCAUAUCAUAUUUUGCUCUUUCUAGAAGCCAGAUAUGUCACUUCAACUACAUGUUUGUUAUUGAAAAUGCAAAAGAAAAGGUAGUUUUCUUUCAAUCAUCUUGUCCAACACCUCCCCUACUGCAGCAAUUUAAGGUAGAAAUGUUUUGUUUAGUUUUUAGAUUAUAUAAAAACAUCGCUGUGAAUUAAAAUCUCCUCACAGGGCCUCUAACUGGAAACAAAACCACUCUCCAAUAGUCUUAUAUUUAUGGCGCAGUCUCCCUGGUAUCUGAUGUUAAUAUUCAACCGUAUCACCACAGCCUGGAGUUGCCAAACUCAUCAGCCAGCUCAUAUCCAUUUUAUCUGGCAGAUAACACCAGCGUAAUAUCACCAAUCUCAACAAGGAGAGGUGCUGUAUUCCUGUAAAGCUGAUCUAAUCCAAGCUCAUGGAAAGACUUGGACUUCCCCUCUGUGUGUCUGCGGCAUGUUUCCAUUUAACUACGUACUGAAACUAACGACAGUCAAACGUCCUGAGGCGGUAUGAGAGUGACACAUGAGCGGUGGGCGGGCUGCAGAGCGGAGCAGUAGUAAAAAAGAAGAGAAGAUAACCGCAGAAACCACAGUGAGGAAGUAACUAAUGACUCAGCCGCUCAGGUGACGAAUGAACAUCUGGGCUAUAAUUAGCAGAACAUGAGGAGGGGACUUUGUCUGGCUCAAAGGGUAGGAAACGAGGAAGAUAGGACCACCUCUAUAAACCUGAACCGCCAGGAUAACAAGGACUGUGUAGCUCUUUGAUCAUUUACAGUAAACCUGUCCCCAGGGCCUGGUUAUUUCCAGAUAGGAAGCUCUAAACACCAUGAUAUAACCCCCUCCUUCACAGUUUACCCACAAACCCAGAGACCCGAGGACCAGCUCCUCUAUCAUCCUCCAGCAUGGCGAGCCAGGACUCGGUCAACCCUUCGCACGCCACCUUUGACGGCUUCGUCCAGGCCCAGACUUGUAAGGAUGUGAAGCAGCACUUUGCUGAGCUCUGCAAGCAGCUGGAAAUCAAUCCUAAAGAUUUCAGGAGCUUCUACGGCAAGCUGAAGGAGAGACUGAACUACUGGAAGGCCAAAGCUCUGUGGACUAAACUGGACAAGAGAGCGUCUCACCAGGAUUACCAGCAAGGAAAAGCCUGCGCCAAAAACAAGGUGAGGAGAUGUGGACGUCUCUCUUUUCUCGCUUUAAACACAUUAGACAGAUAACAAGGCUGUUAGUCGAGAUAAUGUAACUCUAAACGUGAUUAAUACCACCACUUAAUCUGAUUAAACAGCACUUAUAUCGAUAAGUGGCAAUAUUAUUCCACGGUAUGCUCUGCUGCAUGUGCUGCUAGUUUAAAGUCAUGAGCUGUGUCUGAUAACGUCUCCCUAAACGAAUUUUGAGUGAUUUAAGACGCAUAUACGACAAAAAUUGAGGAUUGUCUCUUUUAUUAUCCUUGACUCUAAGAUAGAUAAAUAAAAGGUGCACAAAAGCUAAAAUAACCCUAACAUGAUAAAUCCCUGUACUUGUAGUCUUGUAACCCACUCUUACUUCGUCUUCCCCGUCUCUCUCUGUAGUGUCUGGUGUUGGGUGCCGGACCAUGCGGGCUGAGAACGGCCAUCGAGCUGUCCCUGCUGGGGGCGCAGGUGGUGGUGUUGGAGAAGAGAGAGUGUUUCUCCAGGAACAACGUCCUCCACCUGUGGCCCUACACCAUCUACGACCUCCGCGGACUCGGAGCCAAGAAGUUCUACGGCAAAUUCUGCAGCGGGUCUCUGGAUCACAUCAGUGAGUGACGUUAGAUCUGCAGAUUUACUCAGUUUACAAAGGCUUAUUGUGAGAAAAAACAAUCGAGUUUAUCAGUUCGAACAUUUAAGUCUUGUCUUUAAUCUGUAUUUAAUUGGAGAGGAUUUGCAAAUAUUCUGUUUUUAUUCAGGUUUUCAACUUGACUGGAAUUAGAGUUUGUAGAAACGAUGCUGGGAUGGUAACAGUAGCUGCGUUUACAUGUCGAUCGGAAGAUUCUGAUCGAGAGGGGUGGUUUGUGCCGAUCGUUACUCCAAAGCGCGUCCAUGUAAACACUUAAUCUGAUCUCUCUAACCUGACUCGAUCUUUAUUUAUUUAUAGAGGUCAGUACAAGAGGUGUCAUUAUUAACAAUCUGGCAUAAAACAGAACCGCAGGUGUCGAAGGUGCCGUAUCUGACUCUCUGAUAACAUCAUUACACGUACAAACAGCAUAAUAAUUUCACAUCUGCACGCACAGUAGAACCUUUGACAGAACAGUAAAGUAAGUAUGCAAGAGCGCCAUCUAAUGACAACAUUCAACAGAGGAAAAACUCCUGAACUGGAUGGAGAGAGCCACUACCACGUUUGUUGGUUUGUUGGUUUGUUGGUUUGUUGACAGCACAGGCGUAAAUACAACUCUUCUUCUGCUUGGUGCGUGUAUGGACAUGUUGCGCUCAUAUUUGGAUUCAGAUUAUCUGAUCCCUCAAAUUUUUAAUCAGAUCAUGAAAUUUUGCCCUCGUAAACACGGUUACUGAAAUGUUUUGAAGACGUCCGAGCAAAGUCUGAUACCAUGAGGACGUUUUUGUUGAUGCUACAGUAAGAGUUAAAAGAACAGACCGACAAGAAGGAGAAAGCAAAAAUCUGCUUUAUGUAAACGUAAUCAUGUUUUAUCACAAGCUCAUGGGGGUUUUCCUGUCUCUCAUCAACUAUCGACUCAAGCGGGCUAAAGUCGUCGUUCACAUAACGCAGCUUACCCUGAAAAAGUGACAAAAUCUCCAAGAUUGGAGUUUCAUCUGAUCAACUCGGGCUGGAGUUUGAGUUAGCUCCAUCUCCUCCAUGACCCUGAACUUAACAAGAGGAUGAAUAUACUCUUCCUCAGUUUCGACCGAUGUGCUGUUCUUAUUUAAUAACCUGAAGUUUUCUCCGUCUCUCUUUUUUAAAACAUCUGAGAUGAGUUUUGUUCGAGAUCGCAGGUUUUGUUUCUCUGUAUCUGCAGGGAGAAUCGAAAUAAUUCGAACCUGCUCAUUCUGACUUCUCUAUGCAUGACUGGCUGUACAUCCAGCGUCUUUGUUAUCUAACACACACACACACACACACACACACACACACACACACACACACACUCCCACUGAAAUAUAAAUGUGUGUUUUCAGGCAUCCGUCAGCUGCAGCUCAUUUUAUUAAAAGUGUCACUUCUCCUCGGGGUGGAGGUUCACACCGGCGUGGAGUUUCAGGGCUUGAUUGAGCCCUCAGGAGACAACGGUAAUUACAUUUCCCCGUCUGCUGUUCAUCAUCGUCAUGGCUUGUUGUUUUGUCGACCAAUAAUAUCCAUGAAAGAAUAAGACUUUGCCAAACAGGGGGGUUGUUAUGAAAUCUGCAGAAGGAGGCUGGGGACACAUGAAAGUUUGAUGUGUUUCUGACAGGGUGGACGGCGAAGCUGCAGCCUCGGUCGCAUCCAGCCGCAAACUUCCAGUUUGACGUCUUCAUCUCUGCUGGAGGAGGCAGGUUUGUCCCCGAUGGUGAGACAAACGCACAUGUACUAAUGAGUCACUACUCCUACUACUGUUGUAACACCGAGCGCAAACAAAGGCGUCAGAUAUUUUGCAAGACGCAGCUGUUGCACAUGAAUGAAAACACAAACUUCCUCUGUGGAGAAGUGAGCGUUCAUCAGCCUGUUUUUGUCCGCUUUAAGGUUUCAAACACAAGGAGCUGAGAGGCAAGCUCGCCAUCGGCAUCACGACGAACUUCAUCAACAGAAACACGGCCGCCGAGGCUCAGGUGGCGGAAAUCAGCGGCGUCGCCCGAAUCUACAACCAGAAAUUCUUCCAAGAGCUGCUCAUUACGACAGGUGGGAACAGAAAAACCCACUUUGACGUCAGCGAUUUGUGUGGAAACUUGAGUUCUGCUUCUUCACUGAAACUGUUUUGGUUUUCUGGAGCGAGGAGGAGUCACAGUAUUUUGACUAGACGGUUGUGACGGAGAGGAGUGAGCUUCAUUUUUGAAACCAGGCCUGAUCCUCAACCUUGUAAACCACAAACAUGGUCUCAGUGACGAGCUGGUUUCUGAGGAGGAGGAUUGAAACCAAAAGAGGUCUUCCUGGAAAUGCUGACUCAGCUUUACUUGAAAUCAGACAAAGAGGCGGAGUCAUUGAUUUCAGACAGAUUUAACAACAUGUCUUUAUUGCCAAAGAUAGAUGCUGACGUGUGGAGCUGGUGGAGCAUGAGCAUGCAUAGUUAUUGUACCUUUCAGCUUAUCAUUAAACUAAUGUCAUUAAACUUAGUGAUAAAACAGAAAACCCGUCAGGUCGGUAUAGUCCACUGCAGAACAGGUUCCUCCUGAAUCAUAGCGGACACUCAUAGUUAUGCUCAGUGACUGUUGCGUUGUUGUUUGUUUUGGUCUAUCUCUUUUGCUCCUCGACUGCUAAUCUGGUAUAGCAUGUCUCAGGAGCUCCCAUUCGUCAACAGAGCUGUCAAUCAAAAAUAAACCUAGAAAAAUAAAAUUAUAUUUAAUUGAUACGUAUUUUAAUUUGCAAGCUUGACUCCUGAUAUAUUGAUUAACACAAAGGACUCAAGGUUUAUGACCUAUACUGUAGCUGGUCAGUAGGGGGAGCUCUAAAUCUUUUGGCUUUAAAUUAAGCGAAAACUUGUGAGGAGUUUUUAAUAGGCUAUAAAAUGAGCUUAAACGAACAGUAAUGCAACUCUAUUAUGUACAAAAGCUAAUGGGACCAAUGAUGAUAAAACUGACAAUGUCUAAAACCACGCUUACUCCUCGUUCUGUUGUAGCGAUGUAAGUGCGUUGUGUCACGUUGAAAUCUAUCCUUGCGAAACAGUGCCGAUAUCUUUUUAUACACGCGUACUCGAGGCAGAGAAAAUUCCACUAUCAUUCUUGAGGAAUCGUUUCAGCCCUAGUACCAGAGAGUAAACAUGUUUAUUCUGUGACAUUAAGGUGUUAAUAGUGAUUCCUGGGCUAAUCAGCCUCAAGUGGACACCUGAGGAACUGCAGCUUUAGCGCUCAUCUCUGCUUUAUUUCUCAAAGUCAAAGAAGUAACCUACUUUAUAUUCAAAGCCAGCUGCAUGGAGUGGAUAUCUCACUUUGUAGUUGAGUUUGCUGUUUAAAUAUUAAAAGAGUAAACUAGUUUCUCCAGAUCAGCCUAAAUUACACAAUGAGGGAGCGAGAGCAUGAAUUAUGAAGCAGAGUCACAGAGGCGAAACAUUUCUAAUAAGACCGUGAGCACAUUCGUUUCCUGUUUACCGCCCUCCUCUUGUAUCUGCCGAAUGCAGCCCUGAAGGCAGGAGUUGAAUGUUCGCACCGUCAGGUCGGGUUCGACGUGAAGUGUGAAAAAAAAAACAGCAAUGUUCUGGUGCAAAGUUAAUUUCCUGUGACAGUAUAACCAUAAUGAAGCCCGUCCUUCUUCUCUGACCUCCUCUGCUUUCACUGCACCUUAAUUUUGAUUUAACAUUACAGGCAUUGUGUGAUUCACUCACUUCUACCCACCCUCUGACCUGUCUGCAACUCUGUGUGCUCACCCACACUUAAAAAGAGGAGCAUUUGCAUACCAGAUCAUAAAAGAGAGUUAAAAUCGCUCCCAAAUAAAAGAUCUUCUAGAGGUCGGCCUCCCUGAAUCCCCCGUGCUCUUACACUGCUUUCUUUCUAUCGUCCAUUCCAGGUAUCGAUCUGGAGAAUAUUGUCUACUACAAGGACGACACCCACUACUUUGUCAUGACUGCCAAGAAGAAGAGCUUGCUGAAGAAGGGGGUCAUUAAACAGGUGAGAACAACACAUCUAUUACUGAGGAAAAGUGUGAUUCUUAUUGGCAGCGGCUGCAAAGAAAAGGAAACAAACCAGAUGGAUGAAACGGCCGCGCAUGUGCUGUCAAUCAUCCUCCCUUUCUCUGCCGCCGCGGCCUAUUAACUGCUGCAGUCAACUCAAGUAUAAGAAGAGUCAUUCAGAGUCAGAAAAACCGCCAUGACUCAUCACAUUGCAACUCUCGGCUCGCUCUGUGUCUGCAGGACUUCAGCGACGCAGAGGAGCUGCUGGCUCCCGCUAACGUGGAUCACGAGGCCUUGUGCCGCUACGCCCACGACGCCGCCUUUUUCUCCACGGGGGGUAAACUGCCUGACCUGGAGUUUGCUAAAAGCCCGUCAGGCCAGCCGGACGUGGCCAUGUUCGACUUCACCUGCAUGCACCGAGCCGAGAACGCCUCUCUGGUCAGGGAGAGGAGGGGGAAGAAGCUGCUGAUGGGUCUGGUGGGAGACUGCCUGGUGGAGGUAAACAACGAGAAACUUGGUGUUUGUUUUGGUGGACUUCAGUCUGAAGUGCUGAGUCAUAGUCCAGGUUGAAGUCAUGGCCCCUUGUCCUGUGACAUCCCAGUUUCCCACCACACCCUCUGUUAAAACCUUUAAAUAAAAACACGAAGAAGAAAGUUAAAAUGCUUUAAUCUCUGAACACCUGACUCAGCGACAGGUGCUUCAGAGGAGGGCGAACUGAAACCAUCAUGAAGAAAUUAACCAAUCUGACAUUUACCUGUUAGGUAAUUAAAUGAGGAGUCAGCUGAUGAACCUUGUGGCCUGCCUGGACUAACACUACACACCUGACAUCAAACCUUAUUUAGGUGAACAGUUUAGUAAGGGUCUCUUAACCCUCGGUUUGAGGACAUUUGUCAUUUUUUUUCAUCUUUUUUUUUGAGCUAACAGUCACGUUUUUAAAGAUUGGGGCAUCAAAUUUGGUCCAAAUUUAGUCCUCUGUCGCCGCAUUUUAGCUCCAUCCACCCUACUACAAAUUGGACAAUAGACUUCCAGUUUUGGCCGUGUGUUUAUGGCACCAUCAUUGACAUGGCCCAGACUAUUUUAAAAAAAAAAUUUCAUCUAGGUCAUUUUAUAUGGAAAAUAUAGUGAUUUUGUGUUUUCUACCAUUAAAAAUAACAGCGACAUGUUGCAGAAAAACUGUCAUAAAAAGGGUAAUACAUCGAAUUUUUUCUUUAUUAUUUUUUUAAUGGUCAGGGCUGAAGUUGUUUAAGAGAUAUGAGUCGAAAAAAGUCAGAAAAAAUGUUAAAAAAUAAUUAUUUUAUGAACGCUUAUCUGCGUGUCCGUUUUGGGGCCCUAGUAGGCUGGAUGGAGCUAAAAUUAACAGGAACUGAGGAUUAAAUUAAUGGAGGAUAAGGACUUUGUGUUGAGUAUGUCACAACGAGGCAAACGUUUGUCUUGACAAGCAGAAACCUCUAGUUUUUAAACUGCAGUUCCUUAAGUGUCCACUUGAGGCCUGCUGUAGAAGCACCAGAAACCACAAACACACACACACACUCAUUCUGAAAAGCCCAUUUUAGAGCAAAAAUAUAAAAUUUUUUUACUCAACAUUUUUAUGAGUUAUAUACAGAUUAAUUCAGUACAGUAAGAUCUUGAAAGAGAACAAGAUACAAAGGAAACAGUAAUCACAAACACCCCCCUUCUGGAUGUUCCUAUUAGUAAGUGCUGGAAUUCAGGUUUUAUUAGCCCUGAAAUACAGGACAUCGAGAAAUAAAAAGUUAAAAGAAAAUAAGUUGAAAGAACUACUGUAUGUUAAGAGAAAUACAAAGGUGGACAAAUAGCUGAAAACUGAAAAAGUCCAUAAAAGAGAUAAAAUAUAAACCGUAUGAUUAUAAAAUAUCACAGAUAUAUUUUUCAACAAGACAACAAAUAGAAGAGGAGAGGGCGGAUUCAAAAUGAUGAGAGUUUCCAAAUGUGGUCCAGAAAAGGUCCACAAACCUUUUUGAAUUUUUCCCCAAACCUUUUUUUUUAAUCUUCUCAAGGUCUAAACAAAAUAGACAAUUUGAAAGCCGUUCUGGUCUGAAUAGGUCAGGGGUUUCACUACACACACUAAACUGGAGGUGAUGUGUUAAGACUUUUCUAUCGCUAAUUAAAAUCCAUGAUCUAUGUCACUUAUUUUGCAUCUGAAAUAUUUAAAUUAAGCGUUGAAAUUUCUCCGAUAACAUAAUCCUUAAAGGAAAAUGCGGCCAAUUGAAGGAGGUCCAGUGAAACUGCUCCUUUUUCAUCCAAGGACAGACUCAGACGCUAUUCUUAGUCCCUCAACAAAGAAAGAACCUCUACAGAGUGUAUGACCGUUUUAUCAAGGAGUAAAAUGUAGUUUUUUAAAGAAGAGCAGAUGUUAUAUCACCUCCUUCAAAGCCGCUAGACUCCAUUUAAAUGAAAAAAGCGAGUUAACCUUGGAGAAGUCAUGGGUUGCCUUUAUUUGAUAGAGAGUAAACCUAGAAAAUGCAGAAAUAUCACCCUGUUAUCAAACUACUUCAACUUUCCUCUAAAAAUAUUAUCCCAAAACAUCUUUUCUCUGAUCUACAAAGUCCACCCUGAUGAUAACCUUAUAAAGAAAGCACCGUUGUGUCUUCGCCCGCAGCUGUGAACUCUUGUUUAUUUAAGAUCGUCGCUGUUUGGAUAUUUGAGAAGCUCUCAUGAAGAGAUUAAAACGCAGGGCAGCUGUGUUGUUUUUCGCUCCUGUAAGUUUUAAUACGCCUCUUAAUGUGAUACUCGAACGCUGCAUGAAAUGUUUCUGCUCCACUUCCUCUUAAUAGUGAGACCAUCUUAAUGUGCUACAGCGGCUUUUCCUCUGCUCUGUGUUCUCUGCAGCCUUUCUGGCCUCUGGGUACAGGCAUCGCUCGAGGGUUUCUAGCUGCCUUCGACACAGCGUGGAUGGUGAGGAGCUGGGGAAUGGGGGUCCCGCAUCUCAAGGUUCUGGCAGAGAGGUGAGGCGUCUCACAGCACAGAGAGAAACGGCGUUUAAUCUUGACAUCAUGAGCAACAUCCUGCAGAAGACACGGCGUGAUGCAACUGUUUCCUGUUUCUUCACUACCUGCCCUGGAGAGUUUGCUAAUUCACUCAAGUUGUGCAACUUAUAAAAAGAGGCAGGGUUGCUUCCUGUUUCUUAAAGACGAAACCCAAAUUAUAAUUUUUAUUAUAAAUCUGAUAUCGUGUUUUUAGAUUUAAUUAAAAAAGGGAUGUGAUACGGCGCUUUAUUUAGAUUUGUCAGAAACAUCUUCGUCUCUAUGAGGAAGUUUCUGCAGAAAGUGUUGAAAAAUGAAGCUGCACCUUACGGACGUGUUUUACUGCAUAAUUUUAUGUGAUAAAAAUAAACGAAUAAUGCUCAUUUGCAGUUAAUUUUGAGCUCUUGAAAUCCACAAAACAAACAAUAAAUAAAUAAACAGUUCUUGAUUGAUAUUAAACUUUAAUGUGCCAGAGUAAAUCGGUUAUUUUAACUGUUUGCACAAGUUUCCAACUGAGAAGAAAUUCUGCGUCUGAUCUUUUUCUUGUUGCGACUCGAUGCGUCUCUCUUUCUUUGCGAGCUGACUCAGCUGACUGACCUUGUUGGACUUCUUCUAAAACCCGCAGAGAAAGCGUCUACCAGGUCCUCUCCCAGACCACACCAGAAAACACCAGCAAGAACUACGCCGGCUACAGCAUCAACCCCAAAACCCGCUAUACCAGAGUCAACCUGUCCUCCAUCCUCAGCCACCAGGUCAGCGCCGCCGCCGUCGCCCUUUAUUUACCCAACAGAAGCUUUAACAGUCUGUCUAAUCUCCAUGGAUGUUAUUCAGAGACAUGUGGGUUAUUUAAUCCGUGAAUGUCUAAGUUAUCUGUGUCUGUUUGCAGGUUCAGCACCUGUACGAUGUUGAUAAAUCCAAUCCAUCCAUUAAGAAACAGAAGAGCAACUUGACCCCGAUGCGUCAAGGUCGGAUAGUUUUUUAUUCUUUCACUUUCUGUUCAGUCCUGUUGAGCCGAGGAGGGAACACCUUGUGGUUUCAUGGGUGUUAACUCAUCAAAAUAUUCAGGAGGAAACCGCAGCGAGUGUACGAACGAAUACUUUCUGUUUGUUCUCUCAGAUUCAGUCAGCGGUUUUGAAGAGUUGCUGAAAUGGUGCCAGAAACACACGGCAGGUUAUAAGAACGUGGAUGUAAAGGAUUUCACUCAGUCCUGGAGGUCUGGACUGGCUCUGUGCGCUCUGAUCCACCACUUCAGACCUCAGCUUAUGUGAGUCUAAAAGUGUGUCAAAGCAAACCGAAGGAGAAAACAACACAGAAAUACCAAGAUUAAUAUGAUGAGAUGAACUUUGGAGAGCUCACACCGACUGAAACAGCCAUAAAAAUUCACUUUUAUGAUCAUCUAUGAUUCAUCCUGAUGACUAAUAUGAAAUGCUGGUGUCCUCCACAGAGAUAUGUCCUCUCUGGAGGAGUCCAACGCCGUUCACAACAACCAACUGGCCUUCAGCGUUUUGGAGAAAGAGCUCGGCAUCCCGCCCGUCAUGUCUGCGGCAGAUUUAGGAAACAGCGGACAGAUAGACAAGCUGUCCAUGGUCCUGUAUCUGACACAGGUCCAGAAAGCUUUCACCGCACCACCGAAGAAAGGUACGAGUCCGGGUCUGUUUGAUAGAUUAUCACAGAUUAAUCGUAGGAGAAUAAUGGCCUUAAAAACCAUGUAGGGGUGAUUAUUGCAGAAUAGUUUUAAGUUCUACUGUCAAUUUCAGACCCGUACCUGCAUCUUUAAAUACAGAUCUAGUGUAGCAGAUCUUACAUGAUGUCCAUGAGCUGCAUAGAGAGUCAAAAGAGCUUUUUUUUAGGACAAAUCAGUAAAAUUAUAAAAGGAGGGAAUGUUACGAUUUGGGUUUUUGUGUAAUUCUGAGUGAGACUGAAAAGUUUUGGAUUAUGGGGGUCCAGGAGGACAAGAGUUGCAUGUUCAGUAGUUUAGAGCAGUGUUUCUCAACUGGUCUCACUCUGGGACCCACAUUUUCCUAAGGUCCUUAAGUCGCGACCCACUUUUAUAGAAUUCAAACUAAGAAAAUUAUUUUUUUAUUAAGACUCUAAUCUUUAACAAAAAUCCACGUGAACUACUCAAGAUGCAUAUACAGAAAAUAUCUAAUAUUUAAUAAAUAUUACGUUAAAUAUUUACUUUUUCGACCAGUUUUGGGUCGGGACCCACCAGUUGAGAACUGCUGGUUUAAAUAAAUUACUGUUUAUUUCAUUUCAUUUCAAGGCAGUUUUGUUUGAACCCGUCAUCUGAGAUUUUAAAGCUUUUGGGAACAGGAACUUGCAUGUGAAGACUUUUGAUUAAAAUAUUUUGGGGCCACUGCAGAAACUAGGGCUAAGAUAAUACGCUUUUCUCCCGAUUCGAUUCUUCUACGAUUUUUUGGAUGCUGAUUCUUAUUUAAAUUGCGAUUCUACAAUAUUGUCUAUUUUCUCGAUAUUCAGUCUGAAUUUCUUACGCCAGUGAAACAGUUAAAUGAUUAUGAUUGUCUACUGACUCGUCUAGGAACCAUAUAUCCUGAAAAAUUACACAUCACAUGUAAGUCAGUUUUUAAGAUUUCUUCUUAAAUAAAAAAAAGAUUUUUGAACAUAAAGAUCGAUUUUCAAAUUGUAAAACUAAAAAUCGCAAUACUUAUAUGAAUUGAUUUUUUUCUCCCACCCCGAGCAGAAACAGCAAGAUAAGAAAAAGAAUAACUUUAUUUAUCCUCGAAAAGGAAUUCAGUCGUCUGUAGUCUCAUUUGUCAUGUCUAAAACGUCAUCUACUAUUUAUAAAAGAGUUUUAAAGUCUGACGGCUGUGGGUACGAAAGAUCUUCUGAAUCUUUCUGUCCUGCAGCGAAGAGAGAGGGAGAAAGAGAGGUCCCCUAAAGAGACCUUGAGAGGGUUUAGACUUUAAGGAGGUCACUAAGAUACAAAUUAUUUAAAGAUACUCGGAAUAAAAUCUGAAAACGAGAAGGGAGACAGUAAACACAGAUAAUGUAAUCACAUUUAUGAGCGCCAAUUAAGAGACAAGCAGCAGCAUUUAAGGUUUGACAGAGAGGCCUGAUUAAUGUCGACAUAAAGUGCAUUAAAGCAGGUAGAAAUAAAAUCGUGUGUCUCUUUAAAUAUUGUUGACAGACGCCUCAGAUGGAAAAAUGAGAUUUAACGUCAGAAUUCAUGAGAAUAAAAUCUGAAUCUAAAGUUAGACGGUAAAGUGCUCUUGAUUAGUGUCGGUUUAUGAGUUUACGACUCCUCUGAUGUAUUUCUGCAACCAUCUUACAUAACUCUGUUGCCAAGACGACGCUCGGCAUUAUCAUCACCUUAAAAGGGUCAGGUGUCCUCCCACUGAAAUGUGUUCGGUGUUCAGGAGUGAUCAAACCGCCGCUGUCUCUUUAAGAGCUGAUUACCCAGAAUUCAUUGGGCUUAAGUGGCCAGUGCUGUGCUCAGAGCCAGCCUGUACUGGUGCUGCUGCUCUCCUGCACUAAGCCAGCAGCAGGCAGAGCGGACGGGCUCGCCGAGGACCUGGUUUUCUUCUGGAAGGGGAUCCACUGUUCCUGCUCUGGAGGAGGAUUUUCCCCCGGCUCUUUGCAGCAGAGGUAUUUUCACCGUGUUUGCAGCAGGAGGAGUUUGAAUGCGAAUACCCCGGCGUUUGGAGGCAGUGAAUGAGCAGAAGUGGGUGUGAUGAUGUUCGCUCGCUCGCUCUCUCUCUGUCUGUGAUGCUGCGCUGCUCUGCUCUGCUCGGGGAGCCGCUGACUGAUGUGCAGGCAGGAGGGGAGCUGUCAGUCUCCGGUUACCUUAUCUCAGUGAUGAAAGAGUGGGAGUGUUAGUCAGAGCCGGAGAGGCUGAGGACUUUCUGUGAGGAUUGACAAGUUAAAUUCUGCUGCUGCUGCUCUGGCGUUACAGAAAAUUACAAAUAAGACGGAUUAUUAAUAUUCCUGACAGAGAAUUCAACAUAGAAAGACACACUUUGAAGAUAUGAAGAAAAGGACCAAAGAGAGUAUUUUAAGCCUGCAAGUAGGCCACCACCAUCAGCAGCACUUUGAGUUUGCAGCGAGAUAAACUACCUUUAGUGUUUCCCUCUCUGAUAUCCUCCUGUCUUUAUUUUCUGCUGAAUUCAGACUCUGCAGUCUCCCUUCCAUCGUCCAAGCCGCUCACUCUCUCCCAGACACAGUCAGCUGUCUUCUUCCUGAACAAGGUGAAGCACAACUCUCUGCAAAGACGCAAGGUACGCCCACUGUGACAGGCUACAGCCGGGUGUUUACACAGCACCCAGAAAUGUUUGAUAAAGAUAUUUUCCAACACACGGAGCGGCUGUCUGGCUGGAGUUCACGUCUGAGCCUUCAGACGUGACUCACAUUUGUUUUUGCCGUGAUUUCUCGGUUGCAGGACACAUUUCUAGGUCAAGGGAAGUGUUUUUUGGCUGGUCAUUAGAUGGUGUGAGUGUUUUUUUUUUUCCUGUUUUAUUUUACAUAAUCAGCAUAAAUGAGGUCUUGUUUUUCUCUGCAGGAAAAGUUGGCAUCUGAGAAACGAGGGAGAGAAAGUGAGAAAAGGAUGGGAGAUGAGGACAGAGUGAGUUUCAUCUUUCUUUUUCUCUCCUCUCUUCUGUUGUUUUGUUGCGUAACUGAGUUUAAGUUCACCUUUUCAGAUGGUGGAGCCUCCUGUGUCCCCUCAGCUCAGCCCCACGCCUGAUCCUGAUCCCGCUCCUGAGCCCGAAACUGAUUCUGGUCCCUGCGCAUCGAUGACGAACAGCGAGGAGUGCUACUUCUGCGGUCAGAGGGUCUACCUGCUGGAGCGCAUCAGCGCCGAGGGCAAGUUCUUCCACCGGAGCUGCUUCACCUGCCACAAGUGCAGCAUCACGCUCAGACUGGGAGGGUACACCUUCGACCCGGCGACAGGUGAGCGCUGAAUACAAAUGAAAUCAGACUCACAAGCGCUGAAGCUGCAAGACCCACAAUUUCCUGAAAUCACAGGGGACCCCGAGCGGCAUUUCUGCUGAUUUUCAGAGUUCAACCCGAGUUCAGACUUCACUGAUUAAUUCAUGCACGCAUCGCAAUCCAGCCUUGACAUCUUAGUUUUUCAAAUUCACACCUUCAAAAAUGCUGAAAGAGUUUAUCAGGAAGGAAUAAAUUCAGCGAAAGAGUUUCAGGAAAUACUUAAAAGUAGGAGAUCCUUCUGUCGUGUAAAGAAAGACCUCAGAACCCUUGCGUUGAAGCUCGAUAGGACCAUGCUGUGGCAGUAAAAGCAUUUUAAUUUCAUCUUAAAGAGAAACCCUCAGAGUUUCUUUAGUCUGUCUGGAGGAUUCACAACCUUUUUGACAACACAGACUUAACAGCAGCUGUCAUACUUCAGGAGGAUUAUUACACUCCUCAUGGCAAUCCUCUACUUAUGUCAUAUUAAGAUAUAAACUCUAGUAGACUUUAAAUAGGCUUUAUUGUCAUUCAGUAUGCAGCAGGUGAAUACAGAAUUAAAUUUAAUUUGCUUAGGUCUCAGUUUACAGAUUCAAUUACAGUGCAGCAGUGAAAUUUUAGAUAUUCGCAGACAUUUGAGGUCGUCUGUGACGCUUCUGACCACCUCCACGGCUGUACUGUUGAUGAGAAGUGGAGAAGGACUGAGCUGGAUCUUCCUAAAGUCAACUUAUCCACCUUCAGGAUCAGGUUGGAGCCCACCAGCUGCUCCACCUCCUCUCUGUAGGACAGGCAUGUCCAAACUAUUCCACAAAGGGCCGGUGUGGCUGCAGGUUUUUCUUCCAACCAGUCAAGAGCACGCAGUCUGACCAAUCAGCUGUCUGAAGACUGAGAUCAGCUGAUGAGAUGAAUCAAGUCUGGUGUGCUGCUGCUUGGUUGAAAGAAAAACCUGCAGCCACACCGGCCCUGUUGUGGAAUAGUUUAGGAGGUCUUUGUCGUCCCUAAAGAGGCCCACCACUGUUGUAAAAAAAAACUACAAGUGACCUCUCACCCUGCGUGAACCACCUGCAGAGCUUUGACCCUUAUCAGUACGAGGUUUUAUUUUCCAUAUCUAACCUUUUUAAUUAAUGCUACAGAUAAAAAUAAUGUUAGUUUAACUUAAAAUAAGAAAAAUACUCUGAAAAAGAUGACAGAUUUCUAUAUUUUGAGGAAAUCUGAAUUCACCGCAUGAAUAAUGAAUCGCAGCUCUGCGGUCGCUCUGCUUGUCUCUCUAAAACUCACCCAGCUCGACCGACAUCUAUCCAACCUUUUUGACCUUUACUUCAGCUCAGAGUAAGUGAGGAGGACAAGAAUGAGGAAGUUACUUAACGUGAUUGAAAAUGAAAACAAGCAGAGAGGUGAGGAUGUGAGAGCUGAACUUAAAGAAUAGUAUCUGCAGAGUCAGAGCAUUAUUAUUAUUAUUAUUGAUUUCCACUGAAUAGAGGAACAUAAAAUGCAGAUUUACCAUCAGGGAAUCAACAACAUCCAGCCAAUCACGUUAACCUCCUCUGGUCAUAUGACGCCGGUAACAUUAGGUCAAGACCCUAGAGUGCACAUGUGCGAUGGACGGUGCAUUUCUGAGUGCGUUAACUCCUCUAACUGUUACCUCUGUCGUUCUGUGUCACUCGCACAAUAAAAGGAGAUGACAGCGAAGUUAUUAUUGAAAAUGUUCAGAGGCGUAAUUUCACCGCAUUAAUAUUCAACAGCUUUUGGGUUUUAAAAGCAGAUUUGAGCAGAUAUCCUUUGAUACUGGUACAGCUUUGUCAUCCCACACAGCAGCAGAGAUAUCAUGACGAGCGUGAGCGCACAAAAGAGCGCGUGGCUGAAGUUCGAAGGUCCAAACGGUGAAAAAUGUGCAGUUUGCUUUGAGGGUAAAACCAAGAGAGGAAUCUGCAGAGGUUAACGAGAAAAUUAAAGAAGAUUAAGAUAAAGAAGAAUCAGAUAUGAAAGCAGCCGAAUCAUAAAACAGAAAAGUCACAGGCUGUGAAAAUACCAGCUGAGUUGAUUGUAUAAAAGGGCCAACAUGUUCUCACGUAUUACAUAAUCAAAAAUAAAAAAGACUCUUUUUUUAUUCGGCAGUGAGAGUGAUGCCUGUUCGGUUUGAGUCUCUAUAACAGACCUCAGUCCUUCAGGAUCAAACAAAGCAGAUCGUUCAUUUAGCCUGAUACCUCUGAAUACAGCUGCAGAGUCUGUGGGACGAACAUUUAUUAAUCAUCAGAAUUUAUCAAUAUUUAUGAAUAUUUCAUUACCUGAGUGUGUUUCCAUGUGGUCAGCGAGGGGACUCAGCUGGUCGAGAGGAAACGGGAACCAGUGAGACGGAAAUAAUAAACUUCUUAUCUACUUAUAAGACCGAAGAUUGUUUGUGGUUUAACGAGUCAACUAAACAAAGAGAGGGCAGAAUAGAAUAGAAUAGAAUAGAAUAGAAUUGAAAAGAACAGAAUAGAAAAGGAUAGAAUAGAAAUAAAUAGAAUAGAAAAGAAAAAAUAAAAAUAGAAUAGAAAAGAGUAGAAUAGAAUGGGAUAUAAAAGAAAAGAACAGGAUAGAAUAGAAAGGAAUAGAAUAAAGUAGAAAAUCAAACAGGAUAGAGUACAAUAGAAUAGAAAUUAAUUGGAUAGAGUAGGAUACAACAGAAUAGAAUUGAAUACAAUGGGAUUGAAUAGAAAUAAAAUAGAAUAGAAAAGACUGAAAUAGAAUAGAACAUAGUAGAAUAGAACAGUACAGAGGUACAUAAAAUAGAACAGAACAGGAUAGAAUUGGAUGGAAUAGAAUAAAGUAGAAAAGAAUCAAACAGCAUAGAACAGGAUAGAACAGAAUACAUCAGAGAUGAAUAGAGUAGAUUGGGAUAGAAAAGAAUAGAACUGGAUAAAAUAGAAUAGGAUGGGAUGGAAUAGAAUAGAGUGGAAAAAAAUCGAAGAGCAUAGAGUAGAACAGGAUAGAAAAGAAUAUAAUAGAAUGUGAUAGAAAAGAAAAGAACACUGCUGCCCCACAGGCUGGAGAUGAACCUGAGCCGACCAUUUAAACAUAACCUCUGUAUCUGAGGCAGGAAUAGGUCAGCAGUAACCUGAUAGUUCUCUGAAGAAAAGUUUGACAUGAAAAACUCUUCCAGAAACAAAUGAGGCACAAAAUAGAGCAUCAUCAAGAAAAUAUCAUCUAUGAAAGUAGAGUCACGAAAAACGCAGAUUUAAAAACCACAAAUAUCAGUAACAUCUGUAAGACGGUUCAGGAGCGUUUAAAGGUUAGCAACAGUUCAAAUAAAUCAAAUCUGAUCGCUGAGUUGUAAAGAUAGAAAGUUACCCCUUAGAAACAUGAAUAUAAGAAUAGGCUAUCAGCUAAAAUCUGAACCAUCAUGUUCGCUCUGAUCAUCACUAUCAGAAGUGUCUGUAUAUUCAGGGUUUCCUAAAUGUCUGUCCCUGCUGUUGUGAUAUUCUGUCUCUUGUUAUCCUUUUUAACAGCCUCUUGUUUGCUUAUCUAUCAGCCCUCCACUGAAGCACUCGAUGCUGAGCUGUUGAGCACAGAGCUCUCGUCUUUUCUGGUUUUCUACAGUUAUCUGACUCAUUGUAUUACAUGUUCCCUCAAAGCCAGGAUUUGCCACGAUAAGUGAAGCAGCACUUAUUUAUUUCUUUAUUAAUAAUUUGUGCAGAGAUGUCUCAGAAAAAAAGGGCUUCCAUUUAGACUGAAAUGAGAUUAAUCAUUAAAGAAAGCAGCGGGGGGGUCUUCCUCUUUAGCACGUCAGCAUUCACUUCAUUCAACACCCCGUCUUGGUUUUCAUCUGCCGCUCUGUCCCCUCAGGGAGGUUUUACUGCGAGCUGCACUCUGAAGAGCUGGAGCUGGGAAUCGGGGCAGAUACGCCGUGUGAGGUGGGUCACUGAGCAGAGCAGAUGAUGUAAAUCGCUCUGCUGCUCCAGACUGCACGCCGAAUCCUUGUGUUUGUUGUUCUCCUGUUACACAAUCCUCUGUUGCAUGUUGUAUCUUCUCAUCUGCUGCCUGGUCUGAUGUUGUCAGCCUGCAGCAGCAGCAGCAGCCACGCACCACUAAUGAGAGCGUUAGUGUCGGAGCAUAUGUCGUCUGUGAACCAAAGAGAAAAGUUAUUAACACUUAGAACUCUGCUGGAUUGACGGCGUUCCCAUGUUACUCCGUUAAUAUUGUUUACAGUUUCUCAGGAAUUAUACCGUGUUUCUCUGUGGGGUGAAAAGUGUUCAAAAGUUCACCCUUUUGGCGAUCUGUUGAGGGUUUCCAGGCAAUUCUACACCUCCCACAAUAGUGUUGUGUCAUUCACGAACGAUUCAUUCGAAAGAACCAAAUCUUUUGAGUGAACGUGCUGAACCCAAUCACGGCCUCGAGUGAUUCUUUCGUUUCUUACUUCAGUUGAGCUGAAGGGAGAAACAGGCGAACGAGGGACCACAUGCACCAAGGCCUUAAUCACUUCAUGAACGAAUCACGCAUUGAACUACACUCUCUGGAAUCAUUUUUGUCGGACAAAAUUACCUUUUUUUUUUUUUUUUUUUACUGCUAAAUUGCCACAACAACAACCUGCAUACGCUAGGACACAGCAUGUCGUAUCAUUGCAGCGGUUUGCGAGGGAACGGUUCAUGUUCAGUGUGAAUUCUUCCAAAGGUUCAGUGAACGAAUCACUUACUGAGCCUAAUUUACCGAGCAGACCUGAUAAAUAUCAUACCAUAGGACACUUAAAACAUCAUGACUUAUAAACAAGUUCAUUUUUACAAAUCUGUUUAAGUAACACAGACAAACACUCUCGUCUCCUGGUCCCAGAAGCUCUGAUCUGAACUGAAUCCUGAACCGUUCAGCUGUGAAUCAGUUCAGGAGGUCAGAGUCGCAGGCUUCUCCCACCAAGCGCUGAACGAUUCGGUUAUUUGGCGCAUGAAUCUUUUGAACGAAUCUUUUUAGUGAACUGAUUUUAGUGAUUCAGUACAUCUAAAAGAACUGCCCAUCGCUAUCCCACAAAGUUUAAAAUCCAGCAACAAAAACAGGAGUUUGAUCAGAGACGUUUGAUGGUAAAUCUGCAGUGAUGUACCGGUGAAAACAGGAUUAUCUCAUGUCUCAUAUUCUUCUUCUAUUGUUCCUUUGACGGUAGUGUCCAAUAAGAGACAAGAAAGUUCCCUGCUUGUCUGCAAAUAAGAAAUAAUGGUCCUCAAUGUUUGGAAACAAGCAAAGAAGAGAUUCUGAGCGGUAUGAUGUGGUCCUCUGUCUCAUCCCAGACAGGAACUGUUCAAGUAGUAGUAGUCAAAAAUGCCUGGAAGAAUGAGUGUAAAUAUGUCAAUAGUUUCUGUUGUGUUUUUGUUUCAAUCCCAAUAUUUCUUCUUCUGAUAACUAAGACUUAACAGGAUGAUGUGUAGGUGAGAAAAGGCUUGGUCACUGUUGAUUUAUGUGUUUUUGUAGCAAAGUAAAGUUGGGAUCAAUUUCUGUUUUUGUUGUUUGGUCGACUUUGAUGGUUCUGAAUCUACUGUCACAUUUAUUUUACAUAAAAAGCGAAAUAAAGCUGGGAGUGUUAAGAUAUUUGUGCUCUUUCUGUUCCAGAUCCAGGAUGGCAAAGGAAAUCACAAAGAGACGAAUGAGGAGAACGGACUUUCAAGUGACGAGUACACCCUUUCCCCGUCUGAUGAGGAGUUCGAGCACACUCUGGAUAUUGGUCCACCUUCCUACGUACAUAAACCAGAAGGAGAGGACGUACCUGAAUCUACAGGAAAGUCCAAACAACCAUCAAAAGUGGACCUUUCCUCUAAAACUGAGGAGGAGACUGAGGAGGUUGUCCCUGUCCCCAAACCUCGCUUCUCUCGACAGACCUCACCCUGCCCUCAUCCUUCUCCUCCAAUAGCAAAACCUCGUACGAUCCACCUGUUCGACCCCCUGACCCCGGAGAAAAAUCAAUCUCCAACGCCAACGAAAGAGACGUCCAAGUCGACCCCUGACUCCCGCCCAAAGCAGUCCCUGCGAAAGCUCCAGCUGACCGACGAGGAGAGAAGCCAGCUGGUGAAUCUGCAGAGCUUCAGCGCCGAUUCGGACUCCGAGACCCCCGGUGGAUCCUCCUCCUGCUCCUCUUCGUCCGCGACCGCAGGAGGCCCGAGCCCCCCGAAAGCAGAGGGUCUGGACGGGCAGGAGGAGGAGGGAUACUGGAGCGGGAGCACAGCCGGGCACGUUAGGGAAAAGAGGAACCGACGCUGCUUCAGGAGGAAAGAGAUGCCGAGCGGGCAGACCAGAGUGAGGUCCAAGUUCUCACCCUGGAACCUGUCGUCUCCGAGGAUCAGCAGAGACACGCGGCUCAGCGUCCACGUCAACCAUCCAGGGAGAGUGGGUAAGUCGUCUCCUGCUUCAUCAUUAACGGAGGGAAACAUCUGCAGAGGAGGAAUCUCUUUGAUGUGGAGUUUUUUAGAUCCACGUCAGUCUGAUUUCACACUCGCUCCAACAACUUUCUCUCAUUUCUCCCGCAGAAACAACAUUCAGACAUGUUCACAGCGCCUCAGAGGAAGGCGUGGACGGAGACGACGAUGACGACGAUGAUGACGAGAUGUUUGGACAUGAUGAUAUUGACUUAUUUGAUGAGAAAGUAAGGAAGAGAAACAGCGCUGAUGUUUUCAUUUACAGCAGCAGUUCCUGUGGUGAGUGACACUUUCCUCUUUAGUUUCAGACGGUGCCAGAUGACCCUCUGGAGGCGGAGAAGUUAGAGUUGAUGAAGAUGAGGACUCUGGAGCGGCGAGCGAAGAUGAGUGAACUACAGCGGCUGCGCAAAGCCCAGGUCAGUGUCUGUUUUCGGUUAAAUUGUUGAUAUCUUAAUUUUUUUAAAUGAUAUUUUACAUUCAACCUUCAUUUCAACCUUUAAUUUGGACAGGAAAUUUAAAAAAGGUUCAUGGCUCAUAAAAUGGAGCAGAAAGGGUCAAAUUGAAGCACAUUUUGGAGUUUAUUCCGAUUAUUAAAUGGACAAAAAAAUAAAAACACAUGCAGCUGUGUGAGCUAGACUACAAAGUAUGACUAUAAUUAAGAGGGCUGACAGUUUAAAAAAAGUUAACUACGAGCGGAUCGUGAGGUCCAACAGUUUACCGUAAACCUUAUAAAACAGGUGCAUUAUUUUAGCUAUCGAUAGCCACGCUAAUGAGAUUCGUGUUACUCCCGCUCGCAAUAUUUUUUUUUUGUAGAUGGUAGGGGAAGGUCCCGCCUCCUUUGCCUCUGAUUGGCUAGAAAAGCUGGAAACGCCAUCACACGCUCAAGCCAAACUCGGGCUGUCUGUACAUCGAACAGAACAUUAUCGCAACUCUGAAUCUCCUAACCCAAACCCGACAGAUGAUGACGUUUCACAGCCAUAAGGAAUAGCCAAUCAGAGCCCAGCACUUCUAGCCAAUCAGAAUCUACAAUCCUACAAAAAAAAAAAAUGCCCCCAGUCCUAUAUCAUCCUUUCAAACUGAGGAGUCUUUUCCGUCUUUAUUACACAAUAUACCCACAUUUUUUCUAAGUGCAUGAUUAUAAGAUAAUGAUGGGGGACGCUAUUAUGAUGCUACAUCCGUCUUCCUCAUUGUGUAACCACCUUCCUUUGUAAACAAGGCGGGCACUUGCAUCUUUGAGCGCCAUCUGCUGGGAUAUAUACCAUAGUAAAAGACAUCUGCAUUUUAUACUGGUGUAUCGUUUGCAUUGCAAAGGAGACAGUUUAUUUUUUAAUUUACGAAAAAAAGUAUAAAAGUGUGUCUUCUACAACGAACUUUACGGUAUUAAGCUAUAAGCUGUUUUCUGGAGUUAUGAUGAAUUAGGCGUGCUAAAAACAGUCUAGUAGUUAAAAAGUAAUGUUGAUGAAUUUUUUGUGACCCUCAGUAUUUCCUCUCUGGUUGAUUUUGGGGUCAAAGUUUGUUCUGGUUUAAUCCUACAGGCUGCUGCAAAAGACGAUUUGACUUCUGCUUUAUUUCUUUACAAAUUCACAGACUAGUUAUGUAAAAAGAGAUGUGAUUCUUUGAUGAAACACUGAAUGAUCACGGGCUUGAACUGAUUGUAAAGUGCUGACAGUAUUUCUGCUGUAAUCAAAGCUCAAAGUUCAGUCAUAUCUGACCCGAUCAGGCAGCACACAUUAAGAGUCUCUGUAACUGUUACAGAAGUCUCUGUCUCUGCUCAGCAGCACAUUAAUUCUUCUAUCUAUAAUGGAAACUCCUGUUCUUCUGUGUCGACUGCAGUCCAUCCAGAGGAGGCUGGAGGAGAUCGAGGUGACCUUCAAAGACCUGGAGGACAAAGGAGUGGUGCUGGAGCGGACUCUGCGAGGAGAGGCCGGUAAGAGCAGACGUGUGGUUUUUCAUUUCUUAUUUACCAACGAGGACCUGAUCUAAUUCAUGUAGAUUUUUAGAUUGUUUGCAGUGUUUAAUAUUUCAAGAAUAGAUGAGAGUUUCCUUUGUUCCUGAAUGAGGAACAAGAAGCCAAAUCAAAGUGAUCGCCUGCAAACAUCCACUCAAGUUAGCCUUUAAGAAUAAAGUUUAUUUAUUUAUUCAAAAAGGAAAAACUAAAAACAUCAAGGGGAUAAAAAUAACGUAUCUCUUACAUCAGACUCAGUUAAGAUCUGCUCUUUGACAUGAACUUCGACUCAGUGCGCUUACCCUGACUUAGACCUGCUGCAGCUAGACCUGGUCUUAUGCAAGUUCCCAACAUUGGGCGUUGCUAAGUUACACAACUGUAGUAUUGUCUCACCUGAAACUAAACAAAACAGAAAACAAACAAACAGAAGUCUCUAACAGGGAAAUUGAGGAGACCUGUAACCAAAACCAAAGUGGUUAGUCCCUCCUCCUUCGUUGCCCUGGGCUGAUGCAACUGAUCUUUUGCAAAGUUAUGGCUCACUUGGGACAGCUGUUGUUCUGUUUCAUACAGGUAGCACAGAUUGUUGACAUAUAAGGUUGCAAUUCGCAGGUUUAACUCUCACCCUGACUUCUUUAUAUCGCAUUGCUUUAAGAAACACUGAGCCGGUUGAAAAAUGAGGCUGAAGAACCACAUUUACAUACUCGACCGCUCGAUUUUAUUUAUGUUUUUUUAAGUAGAAGUUGUUUCAGUUUAAAGCAAGAAGAGUUCGGCUGUCCUCAGUGAUAAAUAAAGCUGCUACAUGAUAAACAAGCGCAGGGUGUUUAUUUUGUAAGAAAUGUAUUCCAGCCUGAGGGCUCCUGGUUUUUCCUCAGGGACUCUUACUCACUCACAUGGUCGUUGAGUCACACACACACGCUACAUAAAUCUGAACACUUAAUCCAGAGUUUCCACACAUCUCUGUCUUCCUCUUUUUAUUUUCUCCUCAGGGAGCUGCGGCUCUUCUGACAUGAUCGAGCACUGGAUCCAGCUCGUCCACGAGAAGAACGCGCUGGUUUCCGAGGAGUCCGACCUCAUGGUGGCGUAAGUGCGCGCUCGUUUGUUUCUUCACUUGUGCUUUCAUGAAGUGAGACACAGUAAAAGCCUGUGCAGCCAAAGUGGGAGGACAACACAGCUUUUGUGCAGAGUGGCAGCGACAAAGUGUGCAGAAGGUCCAGAACAGCAGAGCUCCUCUCUGAAACACUGCGGUCUCUGUUUGGUCGCAGUGCCAGCAGCCAGUCGUCAUCUGCAGAGUCGGACUCUGUUUGUUGUUUGUCCUGACGGUGACCUGCAGCUCCAGCAGGAUGUAAUGUUGACAUGAAUCAGCUGAUGUUUGUUUCCCUCGCAGGUCUCGGCAGCUGGAACUGGAAGACAAGCAGAGCACGCUGGAGCUGGAGCUCAGGAAGUACAUGGAGCUGGACGGUGCGUAGACCGUCGAGCACGAUCAUAAUCAUCUUUGUUGUUUAAGCUCCUCUGGCAGCUUUUUGAUGUUUGCUCAGUUAAAAAGAGAGCAGCGCAAACUGAGAGGAUUACUGCGUGUUUCCUCUUGUAAUGAGAACAUCACUGCUUUGAUAUUAUGCUCAAGUUGAUCCAAUCCUGCAAACAUAUCCGUGUGUUUUGCAACAGUAGCCCAAAUACGAAGAGUAUGAAACAAGCUGCAGUCUCAGAGACAUCGAGUCUUUGUUUCUGAAUAGAAGUCCUGACGCUCUGUCACAAUGUUGGAAAUGCUGACUCAACCGGAGGGCCUUUCCAAAAACCUCCUACACCCUCUGCCCACACACUUCCCCGCCGUUUGUGCGCUCACACGGAGGGUUUCGCCACUUUGAACGCCGUCCAAAAACCUCCGAGUGUGGAGUGAGAGUGAGCUGUUACACACUCCAACAGUGAGUCUGCACCUCUGCCGGCUCACUGACCGAGUGCAGCGCCGUUUAUUGUUCCUGAUGGAAACAAGAUAAAGAUACAAACAAGAUAAAAACGACACAAUCACACAGAUCUGAAAACCUGAAAGAUAUGAUUAUAAUUACAGAUGCACAGAUCCAUUUUUAUCCGAUACAAUCCGAUAACGAUACCUGGGCUGAGUGAAUCGGCCGAUAUCCGAUACCGAUCCAAUACUACUGAUGAAUGAAUGUACACCUUGCCCUGUGACUGAAGGCAUCAUGCUCGACAUUAGCCUUGUUAAAAGGAUAGACAGACAUAGAAUAUAGAGCGAACAGAAUCGCUGUGUUUCUGUUUAUGAUAUCAAUUAAAAGAAAAAACAAUGGAUCUGCGUCAUUCAUCAGAUAUCCAAUCGAGUUAAUUUGUCAAUAUCGGAGCUGAUAUCCGAUCCAAAUAUCUGAUUGGUGCAUCCCUAAUUAUAAUCACCUUUUAUCGUCUUGAAACAGCAGGUUUUAUUUUAUUAUUAGUUGUAAAUGAAGCAAAAAAUAAGUAUAAGAUUGAAAAUAAUUGAAUAUCCACAAAAACAGAAAAGCCAAAUGAGACUGGAAAUAUUUCUCAUACCGUGGAGAGAAAUUAGUAAAUCAGCUGAAUGAUUAUUUGUAUUACAUGUAACCAUGGUUACAGAAAGUUCCCCCUUCUGCCAUCGUGAGUGGGCAUGACCCCCAAACAGAGCAGCCUUUAUAUCUUUGAGAAAGAAGGGAGGAGAUUGAUAACGAGGUGGAGCUUGGUGGUUAAUUCUACCAUCGUUUAUUUCUGUCUGAACAGAAACUGUUGAAUUAUGUGUUGUGUGAAGUCCUUCUGUUUUUUUUACAUCAUUUAAAGUUUUUCUUUCAGAGUGAGACUCACUGAAAACCUGUCCCUGUCUGUUAAAGCGUGACUCACUCACUCAUGAGUCACGCUUUAACAGACAGGUACGACAAUAAACCAUAUGUCUGAGGACAUCCAGGGUCUGAUUCACAGAAGGAUAUCGCAGCUUUAACACCUGCUGAAGCUGCUAAAACGAAACACAAAGACACUGUUCGAUUCACAUGGUGUGUGCGAAGGGUUAAAGGGAAAGCGAGCCGUGUCUCUGAGUUGAUUUCAUGCAUUUAAAUGAGCAGUUAUGAAUUCAUUUGGAGAAAUACAUAAACCCCUUAAUAACAAAUAAGCUUCAUUACAAAUAGCAAUCCUAUUCACUGACACUGGUGCCAACAGCCACAAACACACAGAGAAAGAGACAAUUUUACCAUCUGCAGAGAGAUCAUCAUAUAUGAGGAUGUUUUUCUGCGCCGUCAGGAUGAGAGUGCACAACGCAGCUCUGUGCAGGAGAACAUGGAGAUGCUUACAGCUCAUCUCAGCCUCAAUGAAACACAAAACGAGAGCAAAAUGCACUGAGAUGCAAAACUAUUAGGCAAGGCAAGAUUAUCUGUAUAGCACCAUUCAUACACAAGGCAAUUCAAGUGCUUUAUAGAUGCAAGGAAAAACAUAAAAAAAUUAAAAAAGGAGAGAUUAAAACGAUUUAAAAUCAUAAAGACAAAACAAUUUAAAAUCAAUAAGACAGACAGAUACUUUUUUAUGACUAUUAAUAAAGUGAUUUUGCAGCUAAAUCUCAUUUAUUGGAGUUAGUUUUGUUGAUUAGACCAGAACCCAUGGAGAGGAUGAGGAAGGAGGGUGAAUGAAGGAAGUACGGGUAACAAACAGAGUGAGGAGGGAUGUUACAUAUAGGUAGGCCUGUCAGGUGACUAAAGGUGUGAUAUAGGUGUGGUGCAAUGUGAAUACGUUAACUGUAUUUAUAUGAAUCAUGUAUUUUCUUUUCAAUUCUAAGAUUUUGUUCAGAAGAGGACACUCAAACAAGACGACAGUAACAUGCAGUCUUCUUUCAAGUUGAUCUUGUUCACUUUUAAACGUUUGAGCUGUCUCUGCCGUUCAUUUGGAUGUUUGUACUCAGCCGCUCUAAAGAUGUACAUCAAUAUUUGUCAUGCUUUGUGCUGCCAUUUGGUGCACAGUGGGAGUUUUCUGCACUAAAAGGUCGCUAAAGAAACAUUUUUAUCGAGCUGAAACUCUCUUUAAGUCCUUGUGACUAUAAAAGGGUAGAAAUAUUAAGCCUUAGCUCAAAUUUCUGCGGACUGAAAUAAGUCAAAACACGGCUGUAACCUUCUCUCUUACAUUAUUACGUUUUUGACAGUUUAAUUCAUUUGUUCUUGUUAAAAUAAUAAAGAUUAAAGCCUCUUUUCACUCUGCACUUGGGUUUUGUUUUGCAGACAAGACGGCCGAGCAGCAGGCGGAGGAGGAGCAGGUCCUGCAGCAGAUGAUCGAGGUGGUGGACAUGAGGGACUCGCUGGUGUCGUUCCUGGAGGAGAAGAGGCUGAAGGAGAUCAGCGAGGAGCAGGAGGCCUUCUGCCUCAGGGAGGCUAAACGUCACUCCAAGGCUGGAUCUCAGGUUCACUGGGCGUAG